CUCGAAACGAGAUCUCUCUUUUGCUUUGACAUUUCGUUUAAGCAAACGUUUAUUUCACGGCAAUACACGUUUCGUGUCAUAAGACUUAAAAAUGCGUUACGUGGCCGCGUAUUUGUUAGCCGUUUUGGGCGGUAAGGCGUCACCAGCUGCUGCUGACAUCGAAAAGAUCCUCAGCUCUGUCGGUAUUGAGGCUGAUGGCGAGAAACUGAAGAAGGUUAUCGCCGAGCUCAACGGCAAGACCAUCGACGACUUGAUCGCCGAAGGUCGCGAGAAGCUCUCGUCAAUGCCAGCUGGUGGUGCGGCGCCGGCCGCCGCUGCCGCGCCUGCUGCUGCCGCUGCUGCUGAGGAGAAGAAGGAAGACAAGAAGGAAGCCAAAAAGGAAGAGUCUGAAUCUGACGAUGAGGACAUGGGCUUCGGUCUCUUCGAUUAGACACAUAGCUGUGUUGGCGCGGAGUACGCGGUUUUUAUUCCAAUUUUUGGUAUAAGUGUAACGUGACAGCGAGUGUGUUUCUAUGAAAUAUAGCUUGCUAUAAAACA